GCACAAUGGCAACAUAGCACCUCCUAUCUAAUAAGAAUGGUACGUUUAGAUUAACCUUGCGGGUUGAAAAAUAUUUUUGUUUGCAGUUUGAAGAAGCUUUUCGUUAAUUACAAGAAAUAACAACAAUGAUUAACAAUUGUGGUAUAACAUAGUGUGGAAAAAGUGAUUUAUAAUAAUUCACAGCAUGAUUUGUGUUCGUUCAUUAAACUCUAUAGUUAUCUUUUUGGAAAUUCAUGUAUGCACUUAAAGUGUAAAACAAAUCAGUCAUCAUGAAUGACCAGAGAAUAACAGUGAGAGUUGUACAUGAUUCAAAAGUGGUAUAUUUUGCGUAUACGCCUGGUCAUACCACUGCUGAAGAUGCAUGUAUUUACUUGUGCAAACACUUGGGAAUUGGAACUGUGGCAAGACAUUUAUUUGCUCUUCGUGAUAACAAAUUGUUGUAUUUAAUGCCUGGAGAAACCCUGCAAAAGAAUGCUGUUUACGACUUUCGCAUUCGUUAUAAAGUUCCUAUGAUUAUGAGGCUAAAAACAAUUGAUUGCAAGGCAUUUGAUUAUUACUUUCAUCAAGUGAGAUUGGAUGUUAUUGGGAACAAAGUGUUGGAUAUUCCCUUUGAGACAAUUAGGACUCAACUGCUUGGGCUUGGAGUCACAGACAUGUACAGAGUAAUGUUGGAAAAGCAAAUUCCACAAGAAACUGUCCUGAAUGACUACAAGAAAUAUAUUCCCAAAGCAGUAUUAAACAGGCAUUCAAUUUUUGUGAAAAAGCCCAUUAAGGAUGCACUCACUAAAUUGAGCAAACAGGCAGACAAAACCUUUGAACCACUGUAUGUUGUUGGUGCUUAUUUGCAAGAAUUUGAAAACAUUGCUCCUAAUUAUCCAGAAGAAGAAUAUAAAGCUUUCAUUGAUCACAAUGGAGCAAUUUAUAAUAUUUAUUUGCGAGUAUCGCCAUUUGAUGUAACAAAUAAAGGUAUUAAAUAUAGACUGGAGUCAAAUAAAGAUGAAUGGAAUGUAAUUUGUGGCACUGACGAAGUAUGUUUCAUUUCAAUCCGAGGUGAUUCGUCAAUUGAGAUUAGUAGACUGAAUGGUAUCCCAUUUUAUGUGAAAUUUAAUUCAAUCAUGAAAAUGCGCAGUUUUGUUAGUUUGGUGGAUGGAUAUUACCGGCUUUCUUGCAAAUGGAAUUUUAACAUUUGUAAAGAAAUUGUUACACCAUCAUUACAAAAACUACAUAAAAUGAAAUGCCAUGGACCUGUUGGUGGUGAAUUUUCUUAUGCGAAGUUAGAAGAAAAACGCUCGAAUAAUCACGGGUCUUUUAUAUUAAGAGAAUGUGAAACGAAGUAUAAUACGUGUUUCAUGGAUGUUUGUACUGGCGAAAACUCGAAACCAAAGACUUUUAAAUUGGAAUAUCUUUCUAAUGAUGAAUUUAUAUUUAAUGAUGAUCUUGUUAAAUAUAAAACAAUUAGUCAAUUAAUGGCGGCGUAUAACAAUGCCAAUGGGACCAUUUAUCUCAAAGAAUGUUUACCACCAUCAGAAUAUGAUAAUUCACCAUUGUUACUAUGCAAAAUAACGUCAGAUGAGAAACGAGCUCAAGACGAUAAUUCUGUUUGCAUAAAUCCAAAAAAUCUUGAAGUUUUUUCAGCGCAUAAAAUGGAAAGCACAAGAAAUAUUACGAUUGUAUAUAAGGGUCGUUGGAAACAAUCGACGAAAACAAAAAGUUUUAUUGCUAUUAAGAUGUUGAAUCCAGAAUUCAGAGAUCAAUAUUUAGCACAAUUUCUAGACUUAGCUGGGCAAUGGUCUCUUUUACGCUCAAACGUCAUUGUUAAGUUUCAUGGUAUAACACUGCGAAAUUUAUUUUCACUUGUAAUAGAAUAUGUUAGUCUGGGGCAACUGGAUGAAUAUCUUAGAAAUAAUAAGAAAAACAUUAAAAGUGUGGAUCUAAUGCAAGCCAGUGCUGAUUUAGCAUCUGCACUUUGGUAUUUGGCCGAAAACGAUAUUAUACAUGGAAAAAUCAGGUGUAGGAAAAUUUUGGUUGCUUGUCACGACGAAAAGAAUUUUAAUGUUAAACUAUCAGAUCCUGGAGUUUAUACUGAGUACGCACCCAAUGAAAUUCAUUGGAUUCCAGUUGAGUUUUAUCAGAAUCUUCACGUUAGUUAUGCACGACAGUCUCACACAACGGAUGUGUGGGCCUUUGCAACUACUGUGCAUGAAAUAUACAUGCAAGGUGAACCGAUUGAGAAUACAGCUGAUGCGGAAAUUAUGAAACAAUUUUAUAUAAGCGGUAAACGAUUACCAAUACCCAAAUUAUGUCCACCGGAAAUUUAUUCCAUCCUCUUGGAAUGUUGGAAUACUGACCCGGCAAGUAGAAAACGACCGCAAGAAAUAAUGCGUGAUUUUAAUCAAAUGUUAUAUGAAGUAUACAAUUCGCGACAAGAGCACGUCUACGCUCAGGUGAAGUCUUUCGACACGCGGAGUCUUGAAAGUUCUCUUUCAAUGGCUACGGAAACUACGUCCAUUGCUGGAACUGAAGAUAAUCAUUCAAUAGAAGACUACAAUAUGUCCAAGUGGAGUCUGGAUGACGAUAACACAUCCCUUAUAUUACCGCCGGCCUUAAACGAGCUUGAUAACAAUUUAUUCAGUCCGAAUCUCGCGCAUCAUUCUAUGUUUAACACUCGUAAAGCGUACUUGUCUGGUUUGUCAUAUGUGUACGAUUUGGACCAGGACUAUCGGGUUAUUUUACAAGGGCGUAUUGGGCAGGGAUUCUACGGAGAAGUAUACAAAGGCAUGUUGGAGCCUGUUUUGGAUAACAAUAAACCAUAUUCCGAAGAAAAUCGACAGGUUGCAGUGAAGAAACUAAAGUCAUCAGCGACAGGAUCCGGUCAGAAAGAAUUUGAAGAAGAAAUUAAAAUAAUGAAGAGUUUAAAUCACAAAAAUAUUGUGCGUAUUUUAAGCGCGCUUAGUAGUGAGGAAGGAAUUAUGAUGGUUAUGGAAUUCGUACCGCACGGAUCACUCGAGACAUAUCUAAAGAUUAAUAAAGAUACUUUGCACGAUCAGCAAUUGCUUCGAUAUGCAUCGGGCAUUGCCGAGGGUAUGGCCUACUUGGGCCAGAUGAAAAUUGUUCAUCGGGAUUUAGCGGCGCGAAAUAUUCUGGUUGUUGAUGAGAACCAUGUAAAAAUUAGUGAUUUUGGUCUUGCUCGUGUCAUUACAUCAGAAGACUAUUAUAUUCUUAAAACUGACCGGGAGUUACCGAUAAAAUGGUAUGCCUUGGAAAGUUUACUGCACGGAAGAUUCUCUUCAAAAUCGGACGUCUGGUCUUAUGGGGUGACUUUAGCGGAGAUGUAUCUACGAGGCGAGGAUCUUAAACUUCCUUUUGUAAGCCAAACAGAUGUACCUGACCACGAACAGCUUGUUAAAGCACUAGAAAGUGGGCUAAGGAUUCCCUGCCCACCAAAAUGUCCACAGUCAAUUUAUGUUGAUGUGAUAUAUCCUUGUUGGAAUGCAGAUUCGCAUCAAAGGCCAACGUUCCAGGCAUUACACCAGCGCAUUUCUGAAUUGUUACAACAAUAUUAGCGUGUAAAUAUUUCGUAACUUAAAUUAAGGAUUCAAGUUAUAUUUUUGUGCCAUAUUCAUGUAUAUAUUUGUCUCACACAUUAAAAACUUACAACGAAGCAGAA